CGCGGCGCGGGGCGGGCCCGGGGCGGCGGAGGCAGCAGCGGCGGCGGUGGUGGUGGAGCAGCGAGCGCGGCGCCAACAUGGGGGCCCAGCUGAGCACGUUGGGCCAGGUGGCGCUGUCCCCGGUCUGGUUCCUGUACAGCCUGCUGAUGAAGCUCUUCCAGCGCUCCCCUGCACCGGCCAUCACCCUUGAGAACCCGGAUGUCAAGUACCCGCUGCGGCUGGUUGACAAAGAGGUGAUCAACCAUGACACCCGGCGCUUCCGCUUCGCUCUGCCCUCACCCCAGCACAUCCUGGGCCUCCCCAUUGGCCAGCACAUCUACCUCUCGGCUCGAAUUGACGGCAACUUGGUCAUCCGACCCUACACGCCUGUCUCCAGUGAUGACGACAAGGGCUUCGUGGACCUAGUGGUCAAGGUUUACUUCAAGGAUGUACAUCCCAAGUUUCCUGCUGGAGGGAAGAUGUCCCAGUACCUGGAAAACAUGCAGAUUGGAGAUACGAUUGAGUUCCGGGGCCCCAAUGGGCUGCUGGUCUACCAGGGCAAAGGGAAGUUCGCUAUCCGUCCUGACAAGAAGUCCAGCCCUGUUGUGAAGACGGUGAAGUCUGUCGGCAUGAUUGCAGGAGGGACCGGCAUCACCCCGAUGCUGCAGGUGAUCCGUGCUAUCAUGAAGGACCCCGACGACCACACCGUGUGCCACCUGCUAUUUGCCAACCAGACUGAGAAGGACAUCCUGCUGCGGCCCGAGCUGGAGGAGCUGAGGACCCAGCACUCCGCCCGCUUCAAGCUCUGGUACACGGUGGACAAAGCCCCUGAAGCCUGGGACUACAGCCAGGGCUUCGUGAACGAGGAGAUGAUCCGGGCCCACCUGCCGCCCCCAGAAGAGGAGCCACUGGUGCUGAUGUGCGGGCCGCCGCCCAUGAUCCAGCUGGCCUGCCUGCCCAACCUGGAGCGCGUGGGCCACGCCAAGGAGCGCUGCUUCGCCUUCUGACGGCUGGCUGCUCCGCCACCCGCCCGCCCGCCCGCCCGCCCUGCUGUCCCCUCGCUCUGUCUAGGUCACACACUGGGCCCCGGGUUCAGCCUGGCCUGCCCGGGCCCUGGUGGCCACCCCCUCUGAGCUGGCCCCUCGGGAGUGGCUGCUGUGUGUGUCCACAGGGCCAUAUGAGCUACUUGGAGGUCAGGGUCCUGCCCCUGGCCACCCCACCCCCGGCACACACACUACAGGCUGAGCCGGAAGCGGCCCAGGAGCGCAGUUAUGCGGAAGCACGCACACACAGCCCGGAGCA